AUGGAGAUUGCGUCACUGAAUGAAACUGCUGUGAACAGCACCAUGGACAGUGCCACUAUGAACAGAGCCAACCGCACCUACAUGCCUUACUACCUGCACUCCACCGCCAUGUCUGUCAUCUAUAUCCUGUGCUAUAUGGCGGUUCUCCUGCUCUGCGUCGGGGGAAACAUGCUGGUCUCCCUGGUGGUCCUCCGGAACCGCAACAUGCGCUCCGUCACCAACCUCUUCAUCCUCAACUUGGCCAUCAGUGACCUGCUCAUUGGAGUGUUCUGCGUUCCAACGACUUUGAUUGACAGCCUAAUAUCAGGAUGGCCGUUUGGCCAGAUUACAUGCACCAUGAGCAACUUGGUCCAGGGGAUGUCAGUGUCAGCAUCAGUCUUCACUCUGGUGGCCAUAGCUGUUGACAGGUUCACAGGUAUUGUGUACCCCUUUAGACACCGAAUGAGGCCUGUGACUGCUCUCGUCACCAUCCUCUUCAUCUGGGUGCUGGCGUUUGCUAUUAUCUGCCCCUCGGCUGCUACCCUGACCAUCAUUCACCUGGAAGACACCUACCUGGUCCAGGACAACCAUACAUACCCUGUCUUCGUCUGCUUUGAGAAAUGGCCCCAGCCUGAGAUGCGUCGUGUCUACACCAUGGUCAUCUUCGUGCACGUGUAUCUGGCCCCCCUGGGUGUUAUCAGCAUCAUGUAUGGCUGCAUCGUUGCCAAGCUCUCUGUCAACCUGAGGCAGUUGAGGCUGGCAGAGGUGCGGAGGGCCCAUUCCCAACGCAGGGUUAAAGUGAUCAACAUGCUGAUCAUGGUGGCAGUGCUCUUCAUGGUGUCAUGGCUGCCUCUGUGGACGCUGAUGCUGCUAACUGACUACAGGGAUCUGGACACGCAGCAGAUUGACUUCCUCAGCAGCUACCUGUUCCCUGUGGCCCACUGGCUGGCCUUCUUUAACAGCGGGAUUAACCCCAUCAUCUAUGGCUUCUUCAAUGAGAACUUCCGCAGGGGGUUCCAGGCUGCAGUGGCCUGCAGGGCCUGUUCACAAACAACAACAACAGGGGUGGUUAAUACACGCUUCAACUUCCCGCCCCCUAACAGAGUAUUUAACGAGAACCCAGAGUCCUCUGGUGGGAGGAAAGGCCACUGCUCUAAGGGCACUCCUAAGAUUAUCCCACAUGGAACCAAUGGAAUCCUCCUGGAUGAUAUUAACAGGAAUGUUGGACUCAACAGGGUGAUUGGAGCCUGGGUGGAGUGAUUCUAUUUAGGGCUGUGACGAUUAUAGAUUCAUUGUUGUGCAAAUGGCCAUGGUUAUUGCAAUAAUUGAGCUUGUAAUGCAUCUUUACAAAUGAGCUAUGAGAUACCUAAUGAAUACAACAUAGCUUUGUUGACACACCCCUGUCUCAAAAACGAAUCGUUUUGACUGCUGGGAAUUUUGGAAAUGAAGCUUCUAUUAACUAUUAACCAUGCUGUUCUGCUUGCAAAA